AUGGACGGACCUGAUCAGAUCGGGCCCGACUUGCGACCGAAACGGUCCUGGCGGGAGAAGACCCGGCGCAUUGUCAAGACAUUCACCACCAGAGAGGGACUGGUGGGUGACUACGAUUAUGCAUACCUUUUCACCCCCAAUCUUCCUUUCAUCAACAGGGGCCGCAAGUCCGCUCCCUUCUUCGGGCUGGAGGACAAAGUACCCGUUCUUUUGGCCCUCCUCUUGGGUUUACAACAUGCGCUGGCAAUGCUGGGUGGAGUUAUCUCACCUCCUAUCCUAAUCGGUGGCACGAGUGGUGCCAACUUCGGCACGAAAGACUACGAAUACCUAGUUUCAACUUCACUUAUCGUCUCCGGUCUACUGUCCGCCGUACAGAUGGCCCGGUUUCACAUCUACAAAACUCGCUUCUAUGUCGGAACUGGAUUGAUCUCUGUUGUUGGCACCUCGUUCGCUACCAUCACGGUGUCGACCGGCACGUUCAACCAAAUGUACACGUCGGGGUACUGCCCGGUAGAUAGCGAUGGGAACCGCCUGCCGUGUCCGAAGGGCUAUGGGGCUCUUCUGGGCACGUCGUGUCUGUGUUCCUUGCUCGAGAUCGGCCUGUCGUUCAUGAGCCCUCGGAUCCUGAAACGCAUUUUCCCACCCUUGGUGACCGGUCCCACGAUCUUGUUGAUUGGAGCCAGUCUGAUUCAGUCGAGUAUGGAGGACUGGGCUGGUGGCUCGGGCACCUGUUUUACGGAUGCAGCCAGCCGUGCACUGUGCCCUAGUGCAGACUCGCCACAUGCUCUUCCUUGGGGCAGCCCCGAGUUCAUUGGACUCGGCUUUUCGGUCUUUGUGACAAUUAUCCUGUGCGAACGAUUUGGCGCUCCAAUGAUGAAGUCCUGCGCUGUGAUCAUCGGCCUGCUCGUUGGCUGCAUUAUUGCUGCCGCUUGCGGAUACUUCGAUCGGUCGAGCAUCGAUGCUGCCCCGGUGGCCUCGUUCAUCUGGGUCCGCACCUUCCCUUUGACCAUCUACGCACCUCUGAUCCUACCCCUGCUGGCCGUGUACAUCGUGGUCAUGAUGGAGUCGAUCGGAGAUAUUACCGCCACCUGUGAUGUAUCACAGGUAGAGGUGGAGGGACCUGCCUUUGACUCCCGCGUCCAGGGUGGUGUUUUGGGUAAUGGAUUCACCUGUCUGCUGGCCGGACUGUGCACGAUCACCCCCAUGUCUGUGUUUGCUCAGAACAACGGUGUCAUUGCUUUGACCAAGUGCGCCAACCGCAAGGCUGGCUACUGCUGCUGUUUCUUCUUGGUCAUCAUGGGCAUUUUUGCCAAGUUUGCCGCCGCCCUCACCUCCAUCCCCAGCGCUGUGCUGGGUGGGAUGACCACGUUCCUCUUCUCCUCCGUGGCCAUCUCUGGGGUCCGCAUCAUCGCGACCGUGCCGUUCACGCGGCGCAACCGCUUUGUCUUGACGGCCUCCUUUUCCAUCGGCAUGGGUGUCACCUUGGUGCCCACCUGGUUCUCCUACUUCUUCACCUACAGCGGCAACAACCGCGGCCUGACUGGUCUGCUCGAUGCGAUUGACUUGGUCAUGAACAACGGAUUCGCUAUCACCGCCAUUCUGGGGGUGAUCUUGAACCUCAUCAUUCCGGAAGAGGCGGAUGAGGGGGCGGCUGUUGUCGAGGCUCGAGCCGAACCUCGGGCUGUCGAACAGCCGGACGAGCCUGAGAAUGCUCAGUACACGAAGGGGGAGCAUCCGUCUGGAGUUUCAGCUGUAUGA